AUGAGCUCGGUUUGUUUGAUGAACUUUGGAAAUGGCUUGAGCGAUUCAGCUCCUGGAGCACGGAUUCCUUACAUGGAGACACACUACACAAUCAGUUACACGGUCGUAUCCCUCAUCUUCGUUACCAAUGCUAUUGGGUUCAUGUCAGCUGCCUUCUUCGUCGACGCUAUCCGAGCUCGCUUGGGACGAGCAAAGACUCUCAUGAUUGCACAAUCCUUGAUGACCUGUGGCUACAUGCCAAUCGUCUGCACACCGCCAUGGCUAGUCGUCAUUGUCUGCUUCUUCUUCCUCUGGAACGGGAUGGCCUUAAAUCUCGCACUGGGAAAUGUGUUCGCGGCAAACCUACACAAUAGACCAAAGAUGUUAGGAGCCAUGCACGGAUCAUAUGGAGUAGGAGGAGCUAUCGGCCCAUUGAUUGCAACAGCUAUGGUUAGCCAGGGACAUCUUCUCUGGAGCAGAUAUUACUUGAUCCCCCUCUCAAUCACUCUGUUCAAUUUGGCAUUCGCUGCAUGGUCAUUCUGGCACUACGAGGCCGAAGUCGAACGCACCCGUCGAGCCAAACGUCAACAUCAAAGAGCAAUUGGCCAACAUGCUGCGCUGCCUCAAAAGCAAAACUCCGAAGUAUCCAUCUCCGGCUGGGUCAUCUCCUUCCUCAUCACCACGCGACACGGUAAUCCGGCAAACGUCGGCUACGUAACCUCUGGAUUCUGGGCCAGCAUUACUCUCGGGCGAUUUCUCCUUUCCCACCUCGCGCAUAAAAUUGGCGAGAAAGUCUUUGUUUGCGGCAUGGUAAAAGGUGCCGCGAUCUUCCAAUUGCUGGUCUGGCUCGUGCCUAACGUUAUUGGUAACGCAGUCGCGGUAUCGAUCUGCUUUUGGGAGCUCCGGAGGUGCGGUGAGUCCAUUCACAGUCGGAUUCUGGCUGGGGCUGUCGGGACGUUUGUGCUGCACCCUAUUUUGUAUUGGUUUGUUUGCUGUAAUGUUGAUGUGUUGGUUUUUCGUCCCGACGCCAAACAAGAGGAGUACCGAGUAGGACUCCAAAAGGGCUAUGAUUCGUGGAGAUAG